CUGCGCGGGGUGAGAGGCGCGGGGAAGGGGGCUGCCUGCUGCCCUCGCCCUCGUCCCCCACCGGCGGGCCCCGGCAAGAAUUCGGGAGCCAGGCGGCCAGGCUUUCUUAGUGCUCUGACAUUUGGGGGGAACAGGUGAACCCGCCCGCCUACCCCUAACCCGCCCCGCCUGGACAGCUGAAUCAGAGCGGACGACCCUGCCCUUUUAACGCUCCUGCUCCUGCGGAGGGCCCCCCAGCCAUGGCCCUCAACAGUCCCCUAGAACCCACAGGGACUGCCCCCCAUCCUGGCCGCCGGAGCCAGCCCUCUGCAUCCCGCGGGCAGCCAGUGUGAAGCCGCCUCCUGCAGCCCCCGGCCCCUCCCCCAUGGAGGAGGAGGAGGGGGGCGCGGCUGCCAAGGAGUGGGGCACGGCCCCCGCGGGGCCCGUCUGGACCGCGGUGUUCGACUACGAGGCGGCAGGCGAGGAGGAGCUGACCCUGCGGAGGGGCGACCGCGUCCAGGUGCUUUCCCAGGACUGUGCCGUGUCGGGCGACGAGGGCUGGUGGACCGGGCAGCUACCCAGCGGCCGUGUGGGCGUCUUCCCCAGCAACUACGUGGCCCCUGGCGCCCCUGCCACGCCUGUGGGCCUCAGGCUGCCCCAGGAGAUCCCCUUCCACGAGCUGCAGCUAGAGGAGAUCAUCGGUGUAGGGGGCUUUGGCAAGGUCUAUCGGGCCCUGUGGCGUGGCGAGGAGGUAGCCGUCAAGGCUGCCCGGCUGGACCCUGAGCGGGACCCGGCGGUGACAGCAGAGCAGGUGCACCAGGAGGCAAGGCUCUUCGGAGCCCUGGAGCACCCCAACAUCAUUGCCCUCAGGGGCGCCUGCCUCAGCCCCCCGCACCUCUGCCUGGUGAUGGAGUAUGCCAGGGGAGGCGCACUGAGCAGGGUGCUGGCCGGUCGCCGGGUGCCCCCUCACGUGCUGGUCAACUGGGCUGUGCAGGUGGCCCGAGGCAUGAACUACCUACACAAUGAUGCCCCUGUGCCCAUCAUCCACCGGGACCUCAAGUCCAUCAACAUCCUUAUUCUGGAGGCCAUCGAGAACCACAACCUCGCAGACACGGUGCUCAAGAUCACGGACUUCGGCCUGGCCCGCGAGUGGCACAAGACCACCAAAAUGAGCGCUGCGGGGACUUACGCCUGGAUGGCCCCGGAGGUUAUCCGUCUCUCCCUCUUCUCCAAAAGCAGUGACGUCUGGAGCUUCGGGGUGCUGCUCUGGGAGCUGCUGACGGGUGAGGUCCCCUACCGUGAAAUCGAUGCCCUGGCCGUGGCGUAUGGUGUGGCUAUGAACAAGCUGACGCUGCCCAUCCCCUCCACGUGCCCCGAGCCCUUUGCCCGCCUCCUGGAGGAAUGCUGGGACCCAGACCCCCAUGGGCGGCCCGAUUUUGGCAGCAUCUUGAAGCAGCUUGAAGUCAUCGAACAGUCAGCCCUGUUCCAGAUGCCACUGGAGUCCUUCCACUCACUGCAGGAAGACUGGAAGCUGGAGAUUCAGCACAUGUUCGAUGACCUCCGGACCAAGGAGAAGGAGCUCCGCAGCCGGGAGGAGGAGCUGCUGCGCGCGGCGCAGGAGCAGCGCUUCCAGGAGGAGCAGUUGCGGCGGAGGGAGCAGGAGCUGGCCGAGCGCGAGAUGGACAUCGUGGAGCGGGAGCUGCACCUGCUCAUGUGCCAGCUGAGCCAGGAGAAGCCCAGGGUCCGCAAACGCAAGGGCAACUUCAAGCGCAGCCGCCUGCUCAAGCUGCGGGAAGGCGGCAGCCACAUCAGCCUGCCCUCUGGAUUUGAGCAUAAGAUCACAGUCCAGGCCUCUCCAACUCUGGACAAGCGGAAAGGAUCCGAUGGGGCCAGCCCCCCCGCAAGCCCCAGCAUCAUCCCCCGGCUGAGGGCCAUUCGCUUGACUCCUGUGGACGGUGGCGGUGGCCCCAGCAGUGGCAGCAGCAGUGGCGGCAGUGGGACGUGGGGUCGCAGUGGGCCCCCAAAGAAGGAAGAACUGGUUGGCGGCAAGAAGAAGGGCCGGACCUGGGGGCCCAGCUCCACGCUACAGAAGGAGCGGGCUGGAGGGGAGGAGAGGCUGAAGGCCCUGGGGGAAGGAAGCAAACAGUGGUCAUCAAGCGCUCCCAACCUGGGCAAGUCUCCCAAACACACCCCCAUCGCCCCAGGCUUCGCCAGCCUCAAUGAAAUGGAGGAGUUCGCGGAGGCUGACGGAGACAACAGCGGGCCCUCCUCGCCCCACAGCACCCCUGUGCUGUUAUCCCAGCUCAGAAAUGGUGUCACAUCUGAGGUCUCUGUGUCUCUGAGCUGUCUGCCUGACCCUGGCUGGGUGUGA